AUGGGCUUAAAGUCCCCUCAAGACAAGGGCUUUUCUGGUUCAUUCUGCUCAUGGAGGGGUUUAGUUUGUGAUGACAGUAAAGAACAUGCCCUUGAGAUAGAAUUCACUGCUCUGGGUCUAUCUGGUCCAAUCCCAGAUUCCACGAUUGGGAAGCUGACAAAACUUGAAAAAUUGGAUCUCAGCAGUAACAGAAUCGAAGCUCUCCCAUUUGAUUUCUGGAAUUUGGGCUCUCUUCACACUCUUAACCUCUCACACAAUCACAUCACUGGGAGUCUCUCUAGCAACAUUGUUAAUUUUGGGCACCUUCAAAGUUUGGACCUUUCUUUCAACAAUUUCUCCGGGAGCAUCCCGGACGGAAUUAGCUCGGUCGCCGUUUUGGAAGCUUUGAAUCUGAGUCGUAACGGGUUCGAUUCGGCUGUCCCGUUGGGUAUCUGUCAGUGCAAGUCUUUGGUCUCCAUCGAUUUAUCCGAAAACAAUCUCAUUGGCCAACUUCCUGAUGGCUUUGGUGCUGCAUUGCCACAGCUGAGAUUCUUGAGCUUAGCUGGGAACAUGAUCUCCGGUCGAGAUUCCGAUUUUUCGGGUAUGGGAUUGAAAUAUCUCAACAUUUCGGGCAAUGCGUUUAAGGGUUCUGUCGUGGAUAUUUUUCGAGGCCCACUGGAAGUGAUUGAUCUGAGCAGAAACCAAUUUGAAGGCCACAUUGCACAGGCAAAUUUUAGCUCAAUGUUCAACUGGUCGAAUUUGGUCUAUUUGGAUUUGUCUGAGAAUCAGCUUAGUGGGGAGUUUUUCACCGGGUUGAGCCGCGCUGUAAACCUCAAGCACCUCAAUCUGGCAUUCAAUAGAUUCACCAAACAACAGUUCAUUCGAAUCGACACGUUCGUAAACUUAGAGUAUCUGAAUCUAUCCAGCACGAAUUUGAUCGGUCGGAUUCCGGUCACCAUGUCUCGUUUAGCCCAUUUGACAGCACUCGAUCUUUCCCGUAACAACCUGACUGGACAAAUCCCCCAAGCUCUAAUAAACGAGCUUCACGAGAUGGAAAGGUUCAACUUCUCUUACAACAAUCUAAGUAUCUGUGGGGCACCUUUUCCCCAAGAAACCUUACGCUCGGCCUUCUUUGGAUCUGUAAACAGCUGCCCGAUUGCUGCAAAUCCCGAUUUCUUCCGGAAGAAAGCACCGAAACACAAGGGACUGAGAAUCGCGCUUUUGUUAACCAUCUCCAUGAUCUGUCUACUAGUCGGGCUGCUCGUUUUAGCCUUCAGGUGCCGCAUGCGGAAAACGAGAAUGUGGGGGGCUGUCAAGCAAAAUUCUUCAUCCUACGUGGCGGAAGAACAACAACACUCGGUCUCGGGACCCUUUUCGUUUGAGACGGACUCGACUACUUGGGUGGCGGACGUCAAGCAAGCGACAUCUGUCCCGGUCGUGAUUUUCGAGAAGCCGCUGCUUAACUUCACUUUCGCUGAUCUUUUAUCCGCGACCGGUAAUUUCGACAGGGCCACGCUUCUUGCAGAGGGCCGAUUUGGGCCCGUUUACGGCGGGCUCCUUCCGGGAGGAAUCCACGUGGCCGUCAAAGUCUUGGUCAACGGCUCGACUAUGUCAGACGACGAGGCAGCAAGAGAGUUGGAAUAUCUCGGUCGGAUCAAACACCCGAAUCUGGUCCCCUUAACAGGCUACUGCAUUGCAGGGGAUCAGAGGAUAGCAAUCUACGAAUACAUGGAGAAUGGAAACUUACAGAAUCUACUGCACGACUUGCCGCUCGGAAUCCAUGCUGCCACGGAGGAUUGGAGCACCGACACGUGUGAGGUGGAGGCAUCGCUGGCCACCACCUGGCAGUUCAGGCACAAGAUUGCCUUAGGGACUGCGAGGGCCCUUGCGUUCCUCCACCACGGCUGCUCGCCCCCCAUUAUUCACCGGGACAUGAGAGCCAGCAGCGUAUAUCUCGACUCGAAUUUGGAACCGAGGCUUUCGGAUUUUGGGCUUGCCAAGAUUUUUAUGAAUGGGCUGGAAGAUGGGCCGCCGGGCUAUUUACCACCCGAGUUCAACGGGUCGUCGCCCGACCCGACUCCGAAAUCGGACGUUUAUGGAUUUGGGGUCGUGCUUUUCGAGCUGGUGACGGGGAAAAGGGCUGCGGAGGAUUUUUACCCGGAGGAGGAGAAGGAUGGGACUAAUCUAGUGAGGUGGGUUAGGGGGCUGGUGAGGAUGAACCAAGGGAUACGGGCCGUGGACCCGAAGAUUUGUGGGACCGGGCCAGAUGGGCAGAUGGUGGAGGCUUUGAAGAUUGGGUACCUUUGCACGGCCGAGCUUCCUUCCAAGCGGCCGAGCAUGCAGCAGGUCGUGGGGCUGCUCAAGGAUCUCGAGCAGCUUACGGCUUAG